AGUCGGACAUGUCGCAGCUGCAAUAUAAAUGCCAUACUCUGGUUGAGAUAGCGCCCAGCGAGUGGAAAACUUUACUCGAACUCUAUGAGUGUAAAAAGACGGAAUCAAAUGGAUAUUAUUUAAUAAAAAACCAUAUUAACUGGCUGGCCAAUGGCGACAAAACUGAUGUCAAAUGCUUCUCGCUGGACGGCGACUGGCAAACGGAUGGCACUUUCCUAAUGAUUAAACACUUGGCGUUCCACAAAGAAGUCUCUUUCAAUACGCUCAGCUCGAACCUGGAUCGUUUGACCAAUGCGCUGCUCUGUUUGACAUCCAAGCCCGAGGAGACAUACGUGUUCGCUGCCUAUGCGCAGCGUCUUGUGCCCGCCGUAGAGUUCUGCGCCAAGCAAUUGCCGAACUUACGGCAAGAGACCACGCAGACAGCUUGGUACAGUGCCAGCAGAGAGCUGGUGGCUACCUUUUCAGCGCAGCCACCUGCUGGCAUCGAGCUGCGCGGCUUGUGCUUAGAAGAUGCCCCAACCGUAAAUGAAAUCUGGCCACAUCGUGCCGCCGGCUCCGUGGAGUUUGUCAAAUUGUUGAUAGUCCACAACGUUUCGGUGGGCGCCUAUGACGAACAAGGCAAAUUGAUAGCCUGGUGCUUGAGAUUGCCAAUUGGUUCGCUGGGCCUGCUGCAGGUGCUCGAAUCCCAUAAGCGCCUCGGCCUGGGCAGUUUGAUGGUGCGUUACCUAUCCAAGAAAAUCUCUGAAAUGGGCGACGAGGUCCUGGCGCCUGUUGUCACGGAAAACACCCCAUCGCGGAAAAUGUUUGAAAAGCUGGGCUUUCAAAAAAUCGACAACGUAUACUGGACUUGGUAGAUGGUAUAGAAAAGUAUUGAAUAAUGCAUAAUGUUAAUUAUCAUAUUCCAAAUUCUGUUAAUCCAACAACAAAUAAAUGGU